CUUAAGUGCUUGAUGGGAAAUGUAGUGAAGCAGCAGACACGUGGGACGUUGCGUAGCUGUAGUUUGCGGAAACAUGGCGGGCCUGGAGCUUCUGUCUGACCAAGGAUACCGUUUAGAUGGAAGAAAAGCUAGCGAGCUGCGGAAAUUUCAGGCUCGUAUGGGUGUGUUCGCCCAGGCUGACGGUUCUGCUUAUUUAGAGCAAGGAAACACAAAAGCUCUGGCUGUGGUGUACGGUCCGCAUGAGAUGCGGGGCUCAAGAAGUCGUACGCUUCAUGAUCGAGCUGUCAUCAACUGCCAAUACAGCAUGGCCACAUUCAGCACAGCUGAGAGAAAGAGGAGACCGCAUGGUGACCGCAAAUCCACCGAGAUGAGUCUCCACCUGAAGCAGACGUUUGAAGCUGCUGUAAUGACACAGCUCUACCCACGCUCUCAAAUAGACAUUUAUGUCAAGAUUCUGCAGUCAGAUGGAGGGAACUACAGCGUGUGUGUGAAUGCUGCAACAUUGGCAGUGAUUGAUGCUGGCAUCCCAAUGCGGGACUAUGUGUGUGCCUGCACAGUAGGCUUUGUGGAUGAGACGCCUCUCGCUGAUCUUUGCUAUGCCGAGGAAAGUGGAGGAGUGAGCUCUUUGGCUUUAGCACUGCUGCCCCGAGGAGGACAAAUUGCUCUGCUUCAAAUGGAUGCCAGACUGCAUCAGGAUCAUCUCGAGACCCUGAUUGAAGCUGCAAUGACUGCUUGUAAAGGUGUGAGCAAAGUGCUGGAUGAGGUAGUGAGGCAACAUCUACAAGAAGCUUCAAUGCUCACUAGAGAGUAAAGUGCAGUGAGGGGAAGAACACCUGAACUGUGCUUCUGAGUGAAGCUCUAUUUUUAUAUUCAUUCACAUAUACUUUGUAUAUAUGUUAUUCUGAUAAUAAAUAUGCCAAUUUACAACCUUA